UGAAAGUGCAGACAGAGAGCGUGCCGCCUGGAGAUCCGCAAACAGCAGCCGAGCAGGAGAAAGAAGGACAUCACACACUCCUGUACGUGCCAUGGAGCUGGAAGACAUUUGUAAAUGGGCAUCUUUAUAAAAGAGAAGGUUUAUAUUACCCAGAACAGAGCGUCUGCAUCUCCCAUCACUGAUGUUUGAGCGAAGAGAGAGAGAGAAAAGCGAGCGCAGAUCCUUUCGUCCUUCCUUUCGUCCUGUAGGUUCUUAGGAAUUUCCUGGGAAUAAGUGCCGAUCUGACGGUCCGAUCAGCUUGAUGUGGAUUUAUCCAUGCUGAGGACAGACACUGGAAGACAGAGCAAAUUGUCAGCGAGAGCAGGAAUGAACCGCAGCCCGUUGUUCACUAUUAUAAGAAACAUGUGAAGACGGUGAAAUAUAAGAACCAUACAGUCUAACCAUUAGGACUCUGAGAGAAAAGUUGUAACUUCUGAUAGCCUGCUCAAUUUCUUGUUUUGUUUACUCCUUGCCAUCCUUUGAGAUCAUGGAGGGCCAGCAAGAUUCACAAAGGACUUUACAAGUAAACUCUUCUAGUUCUUUAACACUGCCCUUGUGUGUGUGGCUGCUGGUGCUAACCAUUGCUACAACAAGCAGUGGAGAGCCAUUUACCACAUUUCACCCUGAGAAGCGAGAAUGGUCUUUCAAUCAUCUGACGGUCCAUCAGACAACAGGGGCCCUUUAUAUUGGUGCUAUUAAUCGUGUCUACAAGCUCUCUGGCAACCUCACUCUCCUGGUCUCCCAUGAUACUGGCCCAGAAGAAGACAACAAGGCCUGCUACCCCCCUCUUAUAGUCCAGCCAUGUUCUGAACCACUGGUCUCUACCAACAAUGUCAACAAGCUUCUCCUUAUUGAUUACUCUCAGAACAGGCUGCUGGCCUGUGGGAGCCUCUAUCAGGGUGUCUGCAAGCUACUUCGGCUGGAUGAUCUCUUCAUACUGGUAGAACCAUCACACAAGAAAGAGCAUUAUCUCUCUAGUGUCAAUCAGACAGGCACAAUGUAUGGAGUUAUUGUGCCUUCCCAGGGCAAGGAUGGCACACUUUUCAUUGGCACUGCAGUAGAUGGAAAGCAAGACUACUUCCCGACCAUCUCAAGUCGCAAGCUUCCUCGUGACCCAGAGUCCUCCGCCAUGCUUGACUAUGAACUGCACACUGAUUUUGUUUCCUCACUAAUCAAGAUUCCUUCAGACACCCUAGCACUGGUCUCCCACUUUGACAUAUACUACAUCUAUGGCUUUGCCAGUGGCAAUUUUGUCUACUUUUUGACCGUACAACCAGAGACCCCAGAAAACGGCAUGGCCUCGAGUGGUUCCUCAAGUGAUCUCUUUUAUAUUUCGCGCAUUGUUCGUCUCUGCAAAGAUGACCACAAGUUCCAUUCCUAUGUGUCACUGCCUAUCGGCUGUGUGCGCAAUGGCGUAGAGUACCGACUGCUGCAGGCAGCCUACCUGGCCAAACCAGGAAGAGUGCUUGCUAACUCACUCAACAUCAGUGCCACAGAUGAUGUGCUCUUUGCUAUCUUUUCUAAAGGCCAGAAACAGUACCACCGUCCCCCUGAUGAUUCAGCCCUAUGCAUCUUUACCAUCAAGGACAUCAAUGCCCGCAUCAAGGAGCGCCUGCAGUCCUGCUACCAAGGAGAAGGCAACCUGGAGUUGAGUUGGCUGCUGGGGAAAGAUGUUCAGUGCACUAAAGCGCCGGUGCCCAUUGAUGACUCCUUCUGUGGUCUGGAUAUUAACCAACCCCUGGGUGGCUCUCAGCUGGUGACUGGAUACACACUCUACACAGAAAGCAGAGACCGUAUGACCUCAGUGACCUCCUACGUGUACAAUGGUUAUUGCGUGGCUUUUGUUGGCACUAAGAGUGGACGUCUGAAAAAGAUUCGUGUGGACGGGCCUCCUAAUGGUGGUGUGCAGUACGAGACAGUGUCUGUCAUUAAGGACAGGAGCCCUAUUCUAAGAGACAUGGCCUUCUCGCUGGACCAUAGCUAUAUCUAUGUCAUGUCAGAGAGACAGGUGACGCAGGUUCCCAUCGAGUCGUGCGAGCAGUACGGAACGUGUCACGAGUGCUUGAGCUCUGGAGACCCGCACUGCGGCUGGUGUGUGCUGCACAACAUGUGUUCUCAGAGGGAUCGAUGUGAACGAGCCAACGAGCCCUACCGUUUUGCAGCUACACUGAGCCAGUGCAUAAAAGCCACCGUGUAUCCUGACAGCAUUGCGGUUUCUGAACCCAGUGUACCGCUGCUGGUGAAGGUGACUGAUGUUCCUGAUCUCUCAGCUGGAAUCACCUGCGCCUUUGGGAACCUGACUGAAGUAGAAGGGACGGUGAAUGGAAAUCAGAUCCUGUGCAUUUCUCCCGCUGCUAAAGAUGUCCCCAUCAUCCCUACUGAUCAAGACUGGUCUGGGGUGGAGCUCAGGCUGAACUCGAAGGAAACAGGUCAAAUGCUGAUCAGCACUGAGGUUAAAUUCUACAACUGCAGUGUACACCAGCUGUGUCUGUCUUGUGUAACCAGUUCCUUCCGGUGCCACUGGUGCAAGUACCGAAACCUGUGUACACAUGAUCCGUCUAGCUGCUCUUUCCAGGAGGGACGGGUCAAUGCUUCAGAGGACUGUCCUCAGCUGGUGCGCUCUGAGGAGAUUCUGAUCCCAGCCGGAGAAGUAAAGCCUAUCACGCUAAAGGCCCGGAACCUUCCACAGCCACAGUCGGGUCAACGUGGCUACGAGUGUGUGCUGCACAUCCAGGGGGUCAGCCACCGAGUCACAGCUCUGCGCUUCAACAGCUCCAGUGUACAGUGCCAGAACAGCUCGUAUCUUUAUGAGGGUAUGAGGAUUAGUGAGCUGCCAGUAGAUUUCUCUGUCGUGUGGAACGGCAACUUCAUCAUCGAUAAUCCGGAGAACAUUCGAGUGCAUCUGUACAAGUGUGGUGCUCAGAGAGACAGCUGUGGUAUGUGCCUGAAGGCAGAAAGGAAGUUCCAGUGUGGCUGGUGCAGCAUGGAGGGCCGGUGCACCCUACAGCACCACUGUCCCAUGAUCAACCCCUACACCAACCGCUGGCUAAAUCUAGGCACGACUAACGUCAAGUGCACUAACCCACGCAUCACUGAGGUGACCCCUGUAGCUGGGCCUCCAGAAGGGGGCACCAGGGUGACUAUCCGCGGGGUGAAUCUGGGUCUUUCUUUCUCUGAAAUGGAAGAUAACGUGCAGGUGGCAGGAGUGCAGUGUACCCCAAAAGAGGACGGCUACAUCAUCGCAGAGCAGAUAGUGUGUGAGAUGGAUGCAGCUCCAGAAGACACCAAGGCCGGUCCUGUGCAGCUCUGUGUGGGAGAGUGUAAGCCUGAGCUGCAGGCUCGCUCUUCUCAGCUCUAUUCCUUUGUGACACCAUCUAUAACUGGGCUAUCACCCAGCCGAGGUCCAGAAUCAGGCGGCACUAAGGUGACGAUAAUUGGAGUGAAUCUGGGUGCAGGAAGCAGCGUCAGCGUUCUCUUCGGGAACCAGACCUGCGAGUUUUUUGAGCGGACCAUGUCGGAGAUUGUGUGCUACUCCGCUCCCUCUUUGAUGGGGGUUGGCCCUGUACAUAUCACUGUAAGUGUGGAUCAUGCCCAGGUGAAGGAGAAGCUCACUUUCGAGUACAUCGAUGAUCCGACUGUACAGCGCAUCGAGCCUGAAUGGAGCAUCGCAAGUGGACACACUCCACUUGUAGUGACUGGAACCAAUCUGGAUGUGGUCCAGGAACCGAGGAUCCGGAUCAAGUACGGCGGACAUGAAUCAGUAAACGUGUGUAAAGUCCAGAAUAGCACCACUAUGAGCUGUUUUGCACCAUCUCUAGCGGCGGAGUACACACUUGGGCUGGACUCAGUAAAGCAUGCAGACGAGUUUGGCUUCAUCUUCAAUAACGUUCAGGCCCUUCUGGUUUACAACAACACCAACUUCCUGUACUACCCAAACCCAUACUUCGAGCCUCUCAGUACCAAUGGAGUGCUGGAGCAGAAACCAGGCUCUCCUAUUAUUCUGAAGGGGAAGAACUUGGUUCCUCCAGGCUCAGGGGGAGUGAAGCUGAACUAUACUGUGCUCCUGGGAGAGACGCCCUGCUCCGUCACGGUGUCUGAUACUCAGCUGCUGUGUGAGCCGCCCAACCUCACUGGCCAAUACAAAGUCAUGGUGCAGGUAGGUGGUCUUCAUGUCUCUCCUGGCUCUGUGAACAUCCUAUCAGACAGUCUCCUGACUUUACCCGCCAUCGUAAGUAUAGCAGCUGGUGGAGGUCUACUACUGAUCAUCGUCAUCCUCGUCCUCAUUGCCUACAAGCGCAAGUCACGCGAGAACGACCUCACGCUCAAGCGGCUACAGAUGCAGAUGGACAACCUAGAGUCCAGGGUGGCUCUUGAGUGCAAAGAAGCAUUUGCAGAGUUGCAAACAGACAUUAAUGAGUUGACGAGCGAUCUUGACAGAGCCGGAAUCCCUCACCUGGACUACCGCACCUACGCUAUGAGAGUGCUGUUCCCUGGAAUCGAGGACCACCCGGUUCUCCGAGAGCUUGAGGUCUCAGGUAAUGGACAGCAGAAGGUGGAAAAGGCUCUGAAGCUGUUUGCACAGCUGAUCAACAACAAAGUGUUUCUGUUGACGUUUAUUCGUACGCUUGAACUGCAGCGCUCUUUCUCAAUGCGAGAUCGCGGCAACGUGGCUUCGCUCAUCAUGACGGCACUACAGGGAAGAUUGGAGUAUGCAACAGAUGUUCUCAAGCACCUUCUCUCGGACCUCAUUGACAAGAACCUGGAGAGUAAGAACCACCCCAAGCUGCUGCUGCGCAGAACUGAGUCUGUGGCUGAGAAGAUGCUCACCAACUGGUUCGCUUUCCUCCUUCACAAGUUCCUCAAGGAGUGUGCUGGAGAGCCUUUGUUUAUGCUCUAUUGUGCUAUAAAGCAGCAGAUGGAGAAAGGGCCUAUAGAUGCCAUCACAGGAGAAGCUCGCUACUCACUCAGUGAGGACAAGCUCAUACGACAGCAAAUAGAGUACAAAACAUUGAUUUUGAACUGUGUGAAUCCAGAUAACGAGAACAGUCCGGAGAUUGCGGUGAAGGUGCUGAACUGUGAUACCAUUACGCAGGUGAAGGAAAAGAUCCUGGAUGCCAUCUACAAGAACAUGCCCUACUCUCAAAGACCCAGAGCUGUAGACAUGGACCUGGAGUGGCGUCAGGGCCGGUUGGCACGAGUGGUCUUGCAGGAUGAAGAUAUCACCACAAAGAUUGAGAAUGACUGGAAAAGGCUCAACACACUCAUGCACUAUCAGGUGUCAGACCGCUCUGUAGUGGCGCUGGUUCCGAAGCAGACGUCCUCCUACAACAUCCCUCCUACAGCCAGCAUUUCCCGCACAUCCAUCAGCAGAUACGACUCGUCAUUUCGCUACACAGGAAGUCCAGACAGCCUUCGCUCCCGGGCUCCUAUGAUCACUCCAGACCUGGAGAGUGGAGUCAAAGUGUGGCAUUUGGUCAAGAACCAUGAACACGGAGACCAGAAGGAAGGUGACCGUGGCAGCAAGAUGGUGUCUGAGAUCUACCUCACCCGCCUGCUAGCUACUAAGGGUACGCUGCAGAAGUUUGUGGAUGAUCUGUUCGAGACUCUGUUCAGCACAGUUCACAGAGGCAGCGCCCUGCCUUUAGCCAUCAAAUACAUGUUCGACUUCCUGGACGAGCAGGCCGACAAGCAUGGCAUUCAUGACAUGGAUGUUCGCCACACUUGGAAAAGUAACUGCCUUCCUCUGCGAUUCUGGGUGAAUGUGAUUAAGAACCCUCAGUUCGUAUUUGACAUUCACAAGAGCAGCAUCACAGAUGCAUGUUUAUCUGUGGUGGCCCAAACCUUCAUGGACUCAUGUUCAACCUCAGAACACAGGCUGGGGAAAGACUCUCCUUCCAACAAGCUGCUCUAUGCUAAAGACAUCCCCAACUACAAGAACUGGGUGGAAAGAUACUACGCCGAUAUAAACAGACUGCCGGCGAUCAGCGAUCAGGACAUGAACGCGUACUUGGCUGAGCAGGCACGGCUUCACUCUCAUGAGUUUAACAUGCUGAGUGCUUUGAAUGAGAUCUACUCAUACGUCAGCAAGUACAGCGAAGAGAUAACUGCAGCGUUGGAGCAGGACGAGCAGGCAAGGAAGCAGAGGCUGGCCUACAAGGUGGACCAACUGAUUGCUGCUAUGUCCCUGGAGAGCUGAGAAACACACAAAGACACAGCAAUGGAACACAAAUUCUCUGUGCCAUGAAUCCUUUAUCCAAAGCCUGAUCCUGCAACUCGAGUGGAAACAGGAUACAGCUGACUGAGGAUUUCCUGAUAUUUUGUUAUGGUAUUUCUUUAAAACGAGUCAAAACGGUUACCUCCGCAAAGUGAAUCUGCACGUCCAUCUACGUUUGCCUUCCAGUGUGUACAAGGAGUCGGCUCAAGAUUUCCAACUGCUUAAAACUCUAUGCUGGACCCAGCAGCGUUUAGCGGCAUCAUGCAUGUUUGUUUUUGUAUGUGUUUAGUCUUCGUUGGUUUUAUACCCACGACUGGCAGAUGUGACAGGACCGAAGCUACAAUACCUCUUUGUAAUUUUUUUUUUCUCGUGGCAUGACAGAAGAACAGAAGAGAGUGCAUUGGAUAUUUAAUGCCUCAAUUGAAAUCCAGCUCAUGGGUUUUACUUCCAAAUUUUAUUUUUAUACGAUUAUUGUUUUUAUUUAAUUUAUUCUGUUGAGAUUGUGCCUCCAAAAUGUUAAAGGCAUAGUGACUAGUCUUCUUCAUCAAAUGAUGUGAUCAUUAUUACACAUUUCUAUAGCCGUAUCUUUAAAAUCCCUCUCGUCUGCUGAUCAUACAGAGAAACGUGGACUAUACAGAACUAUACAGGAUUCGUGAGCAAGCAGCUGUAUUUUCAGAAAGCUCAUCAAACUGUUGGUGUUCAAGGUCAAAGUUCGACCAGCACGUCUUUUCAUCCAUGCGGCUCUCAUGUUUUCCAAGACUGCACUUCACCCAUGGAAAAUGCCAUGAGACCGGUUUAAUCGAAUCCCCCUUCAAUCUGUCUCCCUGUUUUCUACAUGUAAGCCUUCGUGAAUGUACAAAUGUUCCUCUAUCUUGUCCGUUUGUUUGUUUGUUCUUGAAAAAAAAAAGAAAGGUCAGUUGAGCUGACUUCUAUGGAAAACUGGCCAAAAGGGCUUCUGAUGUGCUGCGUCGACUUCUUCAUUCUUGAUUACAUUACCUAAAUAUGCUGUACCGCUGAUUAGCAUAAGUGAAUUACAGGAAUUUCAAUGAGACAGCAGCAAUGAGAACCCUUUAGGUCAGCUUGUAGAUGGAGGAACAUUCCUUAGAAGGAGAGCACUGACUUGAGGUCAGCUCACCUCAGUACCAGGCAGUAUUACUUAUUACUUAUGGUCCAAUGUGUGUGUAUUUUGCAUGCAUUAUAGAGUACCUCAUAAAGGAAGAAUAAUGUCUUUGUUCCCAUAUGUUCAUAUUUUAAAGUGCCAAGGUUUUACUUGAGUGGUGCAUGUAGCUCUGGCUCAUGCAGAGGUGAACUGAGGAUAGAGUGUCCCAUACUGCUAACCUUACAUUUCCAUAGCUCGAAACUAACUGUGGCAUUGCAUCAAGAUUAAGUGCCAAAAGGUCAGUCUGGAUUAUCAAACGGUUUAUGCUUUAUUAAGGGAGCAAACACUUCAAAACUUGAACAGUGGCUACAAAGUGGCACUGGAGAAGAACUGGAAAAAAAAAAGAAAAAAAAAAACAUCAGAAAAUCAUCAAGACACAGCUGCUGCCAUUGCUUUGGGCACCGAUGCCAGGAACCAGUACGAAAAAGAUAGCUUGUGCUAUUUGAAAAACUGGAAUUGUGUAGCUCUGUGUGUGCGUGUGUGCGCGCGCGCGCGUGUGUGUGUGUGUGUGUGUGUGUGUGUGUGUGUGUGUGUGUGUGUGUGUUUCUUUUCCCCCCCUUCUGCAUCAUGAGAAAUGUCAGCAGCAUGCAUGAACAAACUAUGACAUAGCUUUAAUUUAUAAUGCAUGACUCUAGGUAGAGCUGUUUUUAAAGACCUGAACAAUGGACAACUUCAUAAACAGUGACAGGCAAUCUAAUACCUGAAUCUGCUUUAAAACCGAAUCGGUGCACUCUGAAUUGACUUUUGAAACCUCAUAAGCAGAUUCAAAGUCUAUUUUUUUCCCAUUAUGUCUGUUUUUUUCUGUAUUCUUCCUUGCUCCCAGCGUCAGCAAAUCCAUUUAGUCUGAGACAGAUAAAGAAAAUAUUGAGACUCAUAAUAAAAAAAUAAAUAAAUAAAAAAGAUGAUCAGAUGAAGGCUAACGAAAGGUUAAAAGAGCACGGAUAUUGUGCAGUGCUUUAUUGCUUCGCCACAUUGCGGUGAGUGUUUGGGAAGGAUAGAAAUGAGAAAGAAAAGAGAGAGAGAGAGGGAGGAAUGGAUAGAGAGGUGGGGGGGGGUGCUUUACUCUCAGUUUCCUGCCAGGGCUUUGAAGCAUGGCUUUGAUCUCAUCUAGUCAUGUGCACACCAAGAUCGAGAGAUAAAAAAAAAAGUAUACAUGGAACGCACAUCAAAAAUAGGAGGGAGUGAGGAAUAAGAACACGAGUGACAUAACUGACAUGGAAUUAAUUUGUCAAGCUACAGCAUGUUAGAAUCACUGCAGGAAUGCCGUUUGUAUAUAGUCAUAUAUAGGCAUUUAAAAUGCACUUGAGCAUGUGAAUUUCAUAAACACACACACACACACACACACACACACACACACACACACAAGCACAUGGACAUGAAACAUGUCAUAUUCCAGUAACAUCAGGUAAUAUAGAAGCACACCUUGCUUCAGUCUAUCAACACGUCUUCCUAGAUUUUUUUUAGUUACCAGCUCCAGCCAUCUUUCCCAGCUCUCACACCAUUAACUCCUCCCAGUUUAUUCAGUCGGAAUGGUAAUGUUGAUACGGCCAAAUGAAUUACGAGGAUAUGUCAGGUCGGCUUUUCCCUUUUCUAAAAUUCGCAGUCACGGAUAACAGCUUGCUUCUGACUUCCAAGAAUAAGUCUUAAUAUAGAUGAACACACAGAACAAAGGUUGAAAAAACGUUGUACCAAACUGUACCAAACAUCAGAAUUGUAAAGGUGAGAAUUCAACAGAGGCUUCGACUUUCUGAAGGUAGAUAAUAACACUUAAGGAUAGAGUAGAACAGUAGUCAUUAGUAAUGGUCAGGAUGACACCAGAGUUGAAGAUCCGGUAUAAUGCUAACUCUUUAGUAAAACAGCCCCUCCAGGAUCGUUGCCUUUUAUUGUGAUGCAACUUGUAAAGUUUGUUGUGUUUUUUUUUUGUUUUGUUUUGUUGUUUUUUUUCCUUUCAGAAAACAACUUAAGUGGGUGAAACUGCAAGCACAGGAUUCUUCAUUUAAACCUUUAUUUUCUAUGAUAGCUGAACUCAUGAUGAUGUCAUGUGACACGUCAUGUCACGGCUCAAAUCUGCAGAAAAACUGGUCAUUUUGAUUUAAUAUCUGCCAUCAGAACGUUCAUGAAAUCCUGGAUACGUCAUUCAGAUCAAAUAUACACUGGGAAACAUUUCAACCUAUCUAAAUAAAGACUGUUUUAAAUCUUCCAUUUUAACAAGUGCAUCGUGCAGGACAUACAUCCCCUUCUGUGACAUAAUGCUUCUUAUAAGGUGUGAUAUUAGCUUGUUAUUUCUCUCUCUCUCUCUCUCUCUCUCUCUCUCUCUCUCUCUCUCUCUCUCUCUCUCUCUCACCCUCUCUCUCUCUCACUCUCGCUCUCAGU